AUGGCCAACCGUCCGCCUGCACUUGACAAGCAUGUCUUCUGUAUCAAGGACUUGAGAGAGGCUGGCAACAAGAAGCUUCCGAAGGCAUACAGAGACUUUCACGAUGAUGGAUCAAUGGAUAUGCUCACGUUGAAAGAGAAUGAAUCCGCAUUCGAUCAUUACAAGAUCAGGCCUCGAGUGAUGGUUAAUGUCGACGACAUUGACACGUCGACCACUCUCUUCGGCAGCAAGGUAUCAUUCCCUCUUGGCUUCAGCCCGACUGGAAUGCAAAAGCUCGCUCACCCAGAUGGUGAGCUUGCUACGUCCCGCGCGGCAGCCAGCACCAACCUGGGUAUGAUUCUGUCGUCCUACUCAACGGUCUCCAUGGAAGAGGUCAUCGAGCAAGGCCAAGAGAACCCAUAUGCAAUUCAAAUGUGUAUUCUGAGAGAUCGGUCAUUUGCACUGAAGUUGUUGAGGCGCGCCGAGGCGGCCGGAUACAAGGCCUUCUUUCUCUCCGUCGACUUCCCACUCAUCGGUCAGCGACUGAACGAGUCCCGGAAUGAGUUCGUGCUUCCGGAGCAUAUGUCCUGGCCGAAUCUCAACUUCGGCGGUGACAGCUUCUUUGGCGGCGGCGGUGGCACAUCUUACGACUCCAGCAUUGAAUGGCGCGAAUUCAUCCCCUGGCUCCGUGAAAACACCACCCUACCAAUCUGGCUCAAGGGCAUCACCACCAAAGAAGACGUUGAACUAGCAAUCGAGUACGGCGCCGACGGCGUCGUCAUCUCCAACCACGGCGGCCGACAACUCGACGGCGCGCCCGCGGCUAUCGACGCGCUGCGAGAAUGCGAACCCAUCGCUCGCGGCAAGAUUCAGAUUGCCCUGGAAGGCGGCAUCCGACGUGGGUCUGAUAUCUUCAAGGCCCUGGCGCUGGGGGCCCAGCAUUGUUUUGUCGGGAGAGUUCCUAUUUGGGGUCUUGCUUAUGACGGCCAGAAUGGCGUUGAGUUGGCCAUGAAGCUUCUUCAUCGCGAGUUGAAGACGACGAUGGCUUUGGCUGGAUGUCGUACGAUCGACGAUAUUCGACGAAGCCAUAUCUCCGUGCUUCAAGCCGACCGGGUCCUUGCGCGUCUGUAA